AUAACAUAUAGAACGUCAAAAUUCCGCCGCUGGAUUAGUUCUGUUGGUCUUGGAAUUACAGUAGGCAGGAUGGCUCGCAUGAGCAAGCAAGAAAAGAAGAAGGCGUACUUCGAACGCCUUACUCAUCUCGUCAAGACCUACCCUCAGAUUCUCAUUGUCAGUGUUGACUAUGUGGGAUCCAGGCAGAUGGCUCAUGUUCGCCACUCCCUUAGGGGUAAGGCCGAGAUUCUGAUUGGUAAGAACACUAUGAUUCGCAUGGUGCUCAACACCAGCUUCCCUAACUCAGAGGCUAUUAGCAAGCUUCUCUCUUGUGUCAAGCUCAACGUUGGUUUCGUUUUCUGCAUGGGUGACCCUCUGGAGGUUAGGAGGAUCAUUCUUGACAACAAAGUUCCUGCUCCAGCCAAACAGGGUGUUAUCGCUCCCUGCGAUGUUUUCAUUUCUGCUGGUGCCACUGGUAUGGACCCAUCUCAGACAUCCUUCUUCCAGGCUCUUGGUAUUUCCACUAAGAUUGUGAAGGGUCAGAUUGAAAUUCAGAACGAUGUCCACCUCAUCAAGGUUAACGACAGGGUUACUGCUUCCAGUGCCACUCUGUUACAGAAGCUUAACAUGAAGCCGUUUGCAUACGGUCUUAAGAUUGAGAAGUUCUAUGACUCUGGUCACCUCGUUGAGGCAUCUGCUUUAGACAUCACUGAGGAUGACAGUCUUGACUCAGUCAAGACCGCCGUUACCAACGUCAACGCUUUCGCUCUGGCUAUCGGAUUCCCAACAAGCUUGUCUAUUACCCACUCACUCAUCGGAGCAUUCAAGAACUGUGUUGCUCUUGCCCUCGAGAACGACUACUGCUUCAAGGAGAUGCAGGGUAUUAAGGACAGAUUGGACAACCCCGAGUUGUUUGCCGCCGCUGCUCCCACAGCUGGAGCUGUUGAGGCUGUUCAGGAAGCUGCUCCUGAGGCAGCUGAAGAGCCAGAGGAGGAAGAGGAUGACAUGGGAUUCUCCCUCUUUGACUAAGCCUGCGAUACGCUACAGUAUUGCGCUACAAAAUACUACUCCGAUGUGUUACGUCUAGUGUGUUAUUUAUGAUGUAAAGUCGCGCUCCGCGACUGGCUCAUGGAGUAGGUGACGAAUUAUGUCGCUUGAGUGCUGUGAUGAAACCAUAAUCUAAACCAUUCGCAGUUUCAUCCAAGGAAUUGCCUAUGAGGAGACUGAUAUUCUGAGCAUUCUUCAAACAACGUAAAUAAAAUUAG